UAUCGUACCAAUGGCAGUCGUUCGUAGACGGUCACGUGGGUAAAAUCUACCAAUAGAAAAAGACACCAUUCAUUGUGUACCUUUUCACAGAACAGUAAAACAGAUUGUGGUUUUUAUAUGGAGUGAGUGGUGUUAUAUCUGUCAAUCUAAUGACGUUAAAAGCGUAAAUGUGUGAAAUUCAGGAUUAUUGCAUCGAGCAUAAGGAUAUUUAUACCAAUAAAUAUUCGCGGUGCUCAGACAUGGAUUUAUAUAUCACCGACUCACUCCAGGACAUGCUGGAUAUUGACAUCAAGAAUGAGAUCGACACAGAUCUCAGCAGCAUCAAUGGUUUUCCGGACUCGCUAGGAACAAAUUUCUCCGAAAUGCCGCCACUUUUAGACAUGGAUACGGAUAACUCCGCGUGGCUUAAUAAUAGUUCUAGUUUUGUCCACAAUUUAGAUUUAUAUGGUUCAGAAGCGAAUGCUGUGAUGGUAAAUCCAAAUUCUGUUAUGCCUUCCUCAUUCGUGGACACCCCUAUAAAAAGCAUUGUAAAAGAAGAAGCGUCUAAUUUACUCCUAACGUCAGCAGCCGCCGUGGAGAAUGACUCUAACAGUAGCACGUCAUUACCGAGUCCAAAAGGAGAAAAGAGUCAUUUAACGUUCUCCCCAAAUACGAUAAAAGUGUCAAAGGUACAAGAACACGAAGAGCCCGUAGUAAAAAGAGAGUUAGAAGAAGCUAAACAAAUGGUCAUAUUUGUAAGAAAGAACGAGAAAGCCGUUGUAAAAGAUUUAAUAAAAGACUUAGAAAAGUCAAAAGUGCCGACUCCCACGGCGACAGUUCGAAUAAAAGCACAAUCAGAGUUAUUAAAAGUGAAUAAUAAAAACUGUUCCAUUUUAAACACUAGCCAAAAAAUAACUCAACAUCAAUUAGGAACUAAAACUAUUAUAUCUGGUAACAUUCACAUAUUAGAUGCUCAAACAAUCAACCAAUCUAGGACAAUUUUAGCAAAUGGCAACAAAAACCAAGCAACAAUAUUGAUCGAGAAUUCGUCAUUAAAUAAUAGUAGGCAAUUAAUUAAAACUUCUCUUAAUGGUGCGUUUAGUGUCGACACGAGUCAAACAAAAUAUGUAAACACGUCUAGCAAAAUUAAUGUUGGAGAGUUCCCCAAGCCGGCAUACUCAUAUUCGUGUCUAAUAGCGAUGGCGCUUAAGAAUUCACGGACAGGAAGUUUACCAGUAUCGGAAAUUUAUAAUUUCAUGUGCCAACAUUUCCCAUAUUUCAAAACGGCACCAAAUGGCUGGAAGAAUUCCGUUCGUCAUAAUCUAAGUCUCAACAAAUGCUUUGAAAAAAUAGAAAAACCAUCAACAAAUGGAAGUCAAAGAAAAGGUUGCUUAUGGGCUAUGAAUCCUUCUAAAGUAGGGAAAAUGGACGAAGAGGUUCAAAAAUGGUCACGAAAAGACCCCCAAGCUAUAAAAAAAGCUAUGGUGUAUCCAGAAAGUCUUGAAGCUCUUGAAAGAGGUGAAAUGAAGUACAGCAGUGCGGGAGGCGACACGGAUGCGGACGACGAUGCUGACGUCGACGCCGACGUGGAACUAGACGCUGACGUAGAAAUAGAUCCAGAAGUCAAAGAGGAAGUAGAGGAAGAAGAGGCUAUCAUAGAACAGGAAGUUUCGGAUCAAGAGUUGGAAGUGGAACAGGUGGUGGAAGGCACGGGCAUGGUGGGCGGUACGUACCGUCUACUAGCAACAGGGCCAUCUUCGCUCACGUCAUACAUUACAGACGUCGAGUCUAGCGAGGAAGUGAGCGAUAUUGAGAUCCUAGACCAUUCAUAUGAAGAAAUUGAUAUAGAUGUAACGAAACCAGUUAAAUUAGAUUUAUCGAUGACGGAAAACUACACAUAUUCAGCGAAACGACCAAAAACAAGCUUCGUGUACCAGCCGGUAACUACCCAGACCCACACAAGCAGGCGGAAAACACCACUCGUGAACCGAGUUGCACUAAUGUAAAAUGUAAUUCCUAAACAAUUAGGCUUAGUAAAUUAAUGUGAUCUAAUAUUAUGUGGUGAAACGUAACACAUAAAAUCUCCAGUGAUUGCUCCUUUAUAAUACAAUUGCAAUGAAUCGAAUUCUAAUUAUUUUAUUGUGAAUGUAAGUGGUAAUUUUUUGUUGUAUUAGAAUCGCAAACGUGAUAGUCUGUACCGGAUAAGUGUAUUUACUUUUAGUUUUUUUGGUUUAAGAUUAUGGGACACUUGUUACAUAUCUUACACUGUAGAUUUUAAUUUUUAAGUCUUUAAUGCCUAGAAUGUCUAUAUUGUCUUCUGUACAAUUCAAAUUAGAUUUUGUAUAAUGCUGUGUUUAAUGUCUUGGUAUUUAAUGUUUCCUUGUGUAGUCCUUAAAUGGUUGAUUAACAGCCAUGUAUCAGUACAAAGACAUAACGCCGCUGAAUUGACAACUUUUGCACCUAACACUCUAAGUAGCUUGAAAUUUUUAUUUUCAUCGCAUUUUUUUACUGUGUAACAUAUCCGAAAAGUAACACUAAAUGAUAGCAAUAAAUAUCAAAAGGUCUCAAUCCAGCAGCAACAAUCGCGGGUAUGAUAUAUAAAUUUCCCACCGCUGCUAUGUAAAUAUAUAUAAUAUUGAUUACUUAAGUUUGUUGGCACUGGCAGCUUUCUCAUUCACUGUGGGGAGUAUCUGGAUUCUUCCAUUGAGAUUGUAGCUCAUUUUGACAUUAUAUGAGUUUAAAAAGGGUAUUUAAUACUUCAUGGAUAAUGCUGUUAAAAAGACAUUCAGGUUCUGAAUUGAGGUGUUAAAUAUUUCUUUUUGAACUCUAAUGUAUUUGAUCAUUUAGACACCAAGUAAUUAUAGAUAGGUUAUUGUGUUCAUUAAAUACAAUAAUAUUCGUUUUUGAAUAACCAUUUAGUAUACGGCAAUAUUUUACAACUUCACCAAUGUUGCAAUUGGUAACAGCAUAUUAAAGGCAAUAAGAUUCAAUGAUUUUUUACAUGAAUUAGGAAAUAUAUUUUACAUGUUGGUGAGAAUAGGAACGUAGCGUCGCCUCAUGGGUUAGAUUAAAAUGAUUAGCUAUCAUAAAUAGAAAAUAGAUCUGCCUUUAGUAAUAAAUCGAUGGUGAAAUGUGAAGAAUUAACUUUCAUAUUCCAAAAAAAUAGUCUUAAGUUUUAUACGUGUUUUGCAAUUAUAAAUAUAUUUGGGACAUGAUCGUAAUCUGAUACAUAAAAACGUGACAUUUGUAAUAUUGUUCAACUACAAAAUUGAUACUGUGAUAUGAAACUCGUUAAUUAUCAUGAGUAUGUAAAUUUUUAGUUUGUGCAACAAUUUAGCACUAUUGUGACUGUUGUUUAUUGUAAGUGCACUGUACUUGUUUUAUUGUUUGAGUUAUUUUCGAAAUUAAAAUGAAAGAAAAUACAAUUUUCAGUUUAUGCAAACGCAAGUACACAAAAUGGUUUGUGUUACAUUUUACAUUAUUGUUUAUUCAUAUAGUGCACUUACAACAGAGAGGCAUAAGCUUGUAUUUGUUUUUUUAAGUGUAUCUUUCCUGUCAGUGUUAUAAUUGUAUAAUAUUUUAUCAAUGGGGCCAAUCCGAGGAACUAAUUUAACACUGGUAUUAUCGUAGCUAGUCUGAUUUGUUUUAAAGGCAAUUCUGCUUAUACUUCACCAAAUAUUGUGGAUUUGAAAGCAUAAAUUUUUUGUAUCGGUGUUUUAUAGAAAAGAGAAGUUAUAUAUAAUAAAACUGCCUCAUGAAUUCGGACUUUCAAAGACUAGUCAAAAGGAAUCCACGAUAUUUAUGUGUAAUGCACAAUUCCUAAGCUAUGAUUAUACUACUGUUAAAUUGUAACUAAUAUGUCGUCACUCAAGCCAUGUACAACUGAAAAAACCAAUUAAAUGCAUUAAUAAAACUAAGGCACUUGUCUCACCGCCAACGAGCAGAUCUAGUAGAGUUAGAAGCGAGGGUAUAGUUCAAAUAGUUUUGUUUCUGGGCUAUAGCGGGUCCACGAGUGCGACGAGCGAUUUCUCGCCCUAUAGUAGAUAAUAGUCGUUAGAAGUCUGCGAGUAUUAUCUUUUAUAGUUCUUAUCGCUGCGACAAACUAGUGAAGAGUUUUCGCCGGCAGUGUGAACAGCCAGCGAUCAACUAUUUAUAUAUAUAUGUCUAAUACAAACAAUACUUACACUACUUUACGUUUGUUGAGCUAAAAAAUAGUUAAUAGUACGUCGCUUCAUCGUCGGCGGUGAGAAAUGGUCUAAGGAAACGUCUAACUUAGGUGCUCUUUGGAUACAUAUAAACAUAUGUGCAAUUUAUAUAAAUAAUUAUAUUUAUUAUAUUUUGCGUUGGUAUAUCAUAUGCAUGUAUUACAUAGGAAACUAGAUCGUGAUUAUGAUAUACAUUUGUUUGUAGAAAUCAUUGGGAAAAUAAUAUGGUAAAAUAUUUGUAAUGAUGUAUUAAAAAACUGUAAUUGUAUUAAAGUUUGCAAUGAUCAGAUAUAUCCAAUAAGAGGUUGUACCGCUAUUUAGAUGUUGUUACUAGCCUGCCCGCGUGAUAGUUCUAAUUUUGUACUAAAAUAUAGUUCAUAUAAUAUUUUUCCACUGCCAGUAUUGCAACAUCCAAUUAAGUAAGCAUUUAGAAUGUUAGUUUAGUAAUUUAAUUUAGAGUACCUACCUACAUGUUAAGAACACUGAGUUGAAUGAUUUUUAAUAACAUUUUGUAAUAAAAUUAAGUGAGUACCUAAUACA